AUGGAUUUUUUCAUCUUCUUCACAAUUUUCUCCUAUGUUUUUCUAGUUACAGAAGCUCACGAACCUAAUAAUCCGUCGUCUAUCAUCAGUGUCCAAGAUUUCCCUGGAAUUCGGUACCCAUCCCGUAUCCAUGGCGAGCAUUGUGUUCGUCCUGGUUUCGAGCUAUCUUUCAAACAAAACAAAACAUUUAUUCAUUUUCCAACUUAUGGUGAUCUAAUUGUCAAGUCCACUAAUUGGGAUACCAGAAAAGUUGACCUUAUUGAUCCCAAAAACUGUGUCCCUGAAGUUUUCUUGAAUCUGAAUCUUUCUUGCACUCCAUUCAGUUACUACUAUGUUCUGAAAGAGUACAAAUACAUCAAUUGUUCGUCCCAGCUUUCGACUUCUUUUCUGCAAGUCCCAUGUCUCAGUGGAUCGAACCAUCACGUCUACGUCGUAGAACCAUCGUUUUCCCCUCCGGUUUCGUGCGAUUCUGUGAAAACUAUUGCAAUCCCAUUUUCAUAUAGUCCAUAUCUGUCUGAUAAUAGCUUUGGACUCUCAUUAACAUGGAACUUGACUGGUGAUUGUGAUGAUGCUGGAAUAAGAUGCCAAUCUGAAACACUGCAUAAGAAAGAAUCUUUCGACGACGUUGCAAAUUAUAAAGUUUUAGGCGUUCUUGCAUUCAUUUUCUUGGGUGUGGCACUGUUGUAUACAAAGAUGGCUUUCCAUAAAGCAUUUGAUUUGAUGAAAGAAAAGGAGAGGUUAGGUGAAAUCAAGAUUGGCAAAGUACUGGAAGAAUAUGUAGCCCUGAAUCCUCCAUUACAUCAGGAUACGAAGGGUAUGCACGACUAUGUAUGA